CACGGAGUUUUCUUCGUCAACAAGUACGUAUUUGUUACUUGAAAAUCGCAUUAUUUGUGUGCUUUCAGGUGAGGGUCCUUGCAAACUCCCUUUAUCUACGUUUUCAAACAAAAGUUUUGUGAAUCAUGUUUCAAUUGGCUUUCAUGUUUCAGUAGUGGCAUACCAUCUGAAGAUUAAUAAAAAUGAAAAGCGCUGUUUUUUGAGAGGACAUAGUUCCGAAUAGUUUUCUUUCGCCUUUAUCAGCAAAAAAACAUAGUCAAUACUUGGAAGGGAACAUAUGUGCCGAAUGUUGUCGUUUCCUUCAUACUGCUUCACAUUGAAAGUAACAUUCCAGACACCAUAGUGGCACUCGGCUACACAAAAGCCCGUUCUUAGAAUUCAGACUUAAAGCUAAAAGUUUUGAUACCAUUAGGUUGCCAUUUCCUCUACUUGAGCACUUGAAAAGGCGUAUUACAUUCUGGAAAAAUGACGUAUCUAUGUGAAGUCUGUUCGCAGGCAUUUUCCGAAGAUUCAGCUUUAAAGAAACAUGUGAUAACCCAUACCACAAAAACGCCACAUUCUUGUGCAAUCUGUUCAAAGGCAUUUCGUAAAGCCUCACUUUUAGCGGAACACAGGAAAAUUCACUCCGGCAAAAAACCAUACUCUUGUGAAUUCUGUUCAAAACCUUUUCUUCAUCUUUCAGCUUUAAAGAGACAUUUGAGAGUCCAUGCUGAUAAAAAACCACAUCCUUGUGAAUUCUGUUCAAGACCUUUUCGUGAUCUUUCAGGUUUAAAGAGACAUUUGAGAGUCCAUUCUGGUGAAAAACCCUAUUCGUGUGAACUCUGUUCAAAGACAUUUUCUGCUGCUUCAAAUUUAAGGAGCCAUUUGAAAGUCCAUUCUGGCGAAAGACAACAUUCUUGUGAAUUCUGCUCAAAAGCAUUUCUUAAUGCUUCAAAGUUAAGGAGACAUUUGAGAGUCCAUUCUGGUGAAAAACCACAUUCUUGUAAAUUCUGCUCAAAAGCAUUUUCUGAUGCUUCAGAUUUCAUGAAACAUUUGAGAGUCCAUUUUGGUGAAAAACCCUAUUCGUGCAAACUCUGUUCAAAGCCAUUUUCUGCUGCUUCAAAUUUAAGGAGACAUUUGAGAGUCCAUACUGGUGAAAAACCAUAUUCUUGUGAAUUCUGUUCAAAACCUUUUCUUCAUCAUUCAGCUUUAAAGAGACAUUUGAGCAUCCAUGCUGAUGAAAAACCACAUUCUUGUGAAUUCUGUUCAAAAUCUUUUCUUGAUCUUUCAGCUUUAAGGAGACAUUUGAUAGUCCACUCUGGUGAAAAACCCUAUUCGUGUGAAUUCUGUUCAAAGGCAUUUUCUGAGGCUGGCGCUUUAAGGAAACAUUUGAGUGUCCAUACCGGCGAAAAACCACAUUCUUGUGAAUUCUGCUCAAAAGCAUUUCCUAAUGCUUCAAAUUUAAGGAGACAUUUGAGAGUCCAUUCUGGUGAAAAACCACAUUCUUGUGAAUUCUGCUCAAAAGCAUUUUCUGAUGCUUCAAAUUUGACAAAACAUUUGAGAGUCCAUACUGGGGAAAAACCCUAUUCGUGUGAACAGUGUUCAAAAGCAUUUUCUGAUGCUAGCGCUUUAAGGAGACAUUGCAAAGUUCAUGCUGAUGAAAAACCAUAUUCUUGUUAAUCCUGUUCAAAGGCAUUUUUAGGAGACAUUUGAGAGUCCAUACUGGUGAACUGACUCUCUGACGCGUCACAGUUAAAGACAGACGUGAGAGUCUACCCUGGCACAAAGCCUUAUUCUUGUAAAUUGUGCUCAGAAGGGUUUUCUAAUGCUCCAGCUUUGAAAACUCAUUUGAGAGUUCAUGGUGGCGAAGAAACGUAGACAUGUGAAUUUUGUUCAAAUACAUUUUCGGAUGCUUCAGCUUUAAAGAUACAUUUGAAGCUGCACACUGCGGAAUAGUUACAUUCUCGCGUGUUUAGAGGCUUUUUUCUCAAGCUUCAACUAAACAGUGACACAUGGGGAUUCACAUCGGUAAAAACCAUCUUCUUUUGAAUUCUGUUCAAAUGCGUUUUGUUUUGCUUCGCAUUUUAGGCAGCACAUGGGAGACACACAAGCGAGAAUUCAGUUUUGUGAACGUUCUUCAAAACAGGGCUGCGGAGUCGGAGUGAAAAGGACAGACUCCGAAUCCGAGAAUCUUUGGGCCUCCGACUCCUUUAUCCCAAAAUCAGUUCGCCUCUGACGUCACAGCCUUGGUUCAAAGCUAUUUCCUAUUCCUACUUAUUAAAGAGACUGUUAAAAGUGCAUACUUGCGAAAAGCAGUAUUCUGAUGAAUCGUUUUUAAAAACACUUUCGCCAGCUUCAUGCAAAACCUCAUAACUUGAAGUGAUGAAAUUUGUUUCAUUUAAUGAAGAUGCUGUCAGGCUUUAAUUGUUGCUAUUUUCAAAAAUGUUUUCCUAAAACUUUUGAACUGGAAAAUUUUAUUAUUUAUUAGUGUUCUAAUUUUUUAUAUCAGUCAAACAGAAGAAAAGCAAGAAUUGAAUUGUGUGGUGAUGUAACGUGUAACAAUCUGUUUAAUGUCUAAAGAUCUGUAUCGAUUAUUUUAACAUUCUAUGAUGUCAUCAACUUUAAAUAAAUAUGUAUAAAAUGUUACUUGACAUUUGUGUGUGGCAUCAACGGAGAUUCAAGACA